GUGAAGAAGAAGCUGGCUACAGAUGUGUACAUUGACGAUGAUGGUUGGGGGUCGGCGGCGAUUUCUUGUGUUCGAAUCGUUAUUUGCUUUGUGUCAAUGAUGAUUACUACUUUUAUCUGGGCUCUAGUCAUGCUUGUGCUUUUACCGUGGCCGUGCGAGAGGAUUAGGCAGGGCAAGAUUUACGGACAUGUGACCGAACAGAUGUUGCCUUUGGCAUGGUCUGAGCGUUUGUUAAUGAGGACCACGAACUCUGAGCCUGUGACCACUGACAGUUCUUGGUUAGGGAAAUGUCACAUGACACAUUUUUGGAUGUACCUUGGUGUUCCAAGCACAGGUAUGUGGAUUCUAGGAAACCCAAUCAAGGUUGAAGGUGAAAUAGCAAUUUAUAUAAGUAAUCAUGCAUCUCCUAUUGGCAUUUUCCUUAUCAUGUGGUUAACUCCUACUGGCACUGUUGGCAUUGUGAAGAAAGAGGAACCAGGUCCAAAAAUGGAUGGCUACUUCCAU